CGAAUUCGAAGAUUGUGUAUGUAACAUGUUACCCGUUGAAAAUAUUCCUGGACACGACUAUUAUACGGUAAAAGUACAUUCGUCAGCUGUUAUUUAGUCAAAAGAAUUGUAUUAAUGAGAGAAAGAUAACAUAUAAGAAAUUGUAGUAAAACAAUGAAAUUUUUCACUGAUUCUGUAGCACGUUGUGCUGCACGAAUUGGUACAUUAAAUGGAUUUGAAAGAUUACCAAAUGUUUCUUUCGAAACACCAUUACUUCUUAUUUACACAAAGGGCGGCAGUGUACCACAUUUAACAAAAGACAUUUUUAAAAAUGUAACAAUGGAGGAACAACUGUUAUCUGUCUCGCUUUCCUCAACGAUAUUAAUGAAAGAUGUUAUUAAAGAGUUGGACACUUCUUUUGCCGAUUUUGUUAGUAUGAAGGAAUAUAUAAAUUUGUUAUCAAUACACGAUCCUGCGUAUACCACCAACUCUGGCUUUCAGCAAUUAGAUUCCAUUUCUGUCUGGUCCAGAACAGGAAGAACUGUUGUUUCGGCUAGUAAAUAUAUGGAACUUGUGCAAGCUUACAAACCAGAUCUAUACGUUGCUUUAUGCGACGGAGAUACAAAUGUUAAUAGCAGUGCGAAAAGAGUGUCGAAGGCGGUGCGUCGAAGUAAAACUUUACUAGAACAAUGUUUAGAUAUCCAUUUGCGCUCGGAUGCUUUGAAGUCGAAGGGAAUACUAGGACCAGUGGAAGGUGGUUAUAAUUUACAGGCUAGGGAAGAGUCCAUAGAUUAUCUAAAAGAUAAGCCUUUGGCAGGAUUUGUAAUAGAUGGACUACAUAACAAUGGACCAAGUGUACAGAACAUUUCAUCAGAACAAAUUAAACAAGUAGUACGACAUACCAUCAAUUUAUUGCCCACCGAUAAAAUAAGAGUGUCAAUGGGUUGUUGGAACCCAGCUACUGUAUUGGAUCUCAUCGAAUUAGGAGUAGACGUAUUUGAUUCGUCCUAUCCGUACGUUAUUACCGAACAGUCACAAGCUUUGACUUUCAUGUGUGAGCAUGACACUGCUGAGAAUAAUCAAUAUGCAAUGUCAAUAGCUGAAAAGAGGUAUGCAGACGACUUUUCUCCUAUUUGUAAAACAUGCGAAUGUCUUGCGUGUCAAAAUCAUUCGAGAGCGUAUAUCCAUCAUUUGCAUCAUACCAAGGAAAUGCUUGGUUUAGUACUUUUAAUGAUACACAAUAUCCAUCAUUAUCUUCAGUUCUUCAGUGUCAUUCGUGAUAGUAUAAAAAAUGGUACAUUCAAUCAAUUUCAGGCGAAAAUUCGUCUAAAAUAUGCAACUACUAACUCUGAAUCCACCACUGUAUGAACAUUAUUUAAUAAAUUAUUUGUUAUAUGUACAAUGUA